GUGCCGGCGCCGGUGGGUGCUGCCGGGGAGCUCCGGUAAGAAGGCGCCGUGCGUCUUUAAGGUUGAUUACGGGGAGGGGGAUUUUACGUCUCGGGAACGGGAGGCGGCAGCAGUUAACGGGCUGCAGGCGUCUGAAGUCCGGGCGCACACCUGCCCGCAGCCCGGCUGGCAGGAGGUGUGCCCAGCUGUUGCAGCCCCAUAAGCUUUUCUUGAGGAGCAACAGUUAUACCAACUUAACGUGUGGUUUGGGAACAGGAACCGGGUUUGUUGUGACGUUGGCUGAAGCCUCUCGUGGUUUUUUUGUCUCUUAGUAAAUUGCUAAAAAUGUAUGCGUCAGCCUGUAGCUGUGUCCAGUUUGCCAAGUGCACUUACUCGUUUCUUUAGUAUAGAAAGAGGCUUUUUUUCCUUGUGGGGAAACAAAAAGUAACAGAACAGCAAGGAUCUGUCAGAAAAAAAAAAUGUUUCUUCCCUCGAGGAGAGGUGGUAGCAGCUUUUCUCUCUUUAUGGGGUGAACAGACUUACUGGUAUCAGAACAAGGCUUGCGGAAGGAGACCUGAAGGGGAAAUUCCCUUGAGGUUAACUCAUCCACUGUGCCCCAUCUGAGGAUCUGCUUCUUUGAACAUCCUCUGACUUGUUCCAAAGAUCUAGUCCCCUAAACCAGUCUGUUUCAUUCUGAAUUAGGCAAAUUUCCUUAAUAGUAACCUUUUAAAAUAAAUAAACUUCCUUAAUAAUAACCUUUUUGCAUUUGAUAGCCUGGGAGAGAAACAGCUGAGGGGUAGAUAUGGCAGAUAUACUUGUGACUGGAGUGGAGGCAGUGAACUGGAAAGAGCUGCUUGCUCUUUUUCAGACCAAGAACUACAACAGUUGAGUGACGUUGGAAGGCAAAAGAUUGAAAACAACAAUAAUGUCAUCCCUGCUACUUCUGUACAUCCGACUUCAUACACGAUUGAAACACUGAUAAAAUGAAGGCUGCAGGCACCGGCAGAAUGCAGCAGAUGCCAGGACUUUAUUCAACCACCAAGCUGGCCGUGGCCAUGUUGAUCUUCUGGGACAGAGCAUCCUAAAGAGCUCUGCAAAGGGAAGAGACCACAGCAAAGUCCAGGAGAAUGAAGAGACGCAAGUGUCCCUACAAAUGUCCCUCACGAAGGAAGAUCCUGAUCCUGUGUGUUACAGGGUGGCUGAUUGCACUGCUGAAGCUCCUCCAUGUUGAAAGACACUUUUUUCCCUCUAAGGGCAUUUAUUUGGUUGAGCACUUCUUGAGCACUUCUUCUUAUGUUAGAAACAGGUAUUCCUACCUUAGAAAUGAAUUCCAGUAUGAAAUUAAUUGUUCAUCUAUAUAUGAACAAGAUCCCCAUGAAAUUGGCAAGAGUUUAGAAAUAAGAAGAAAAGAGAUAAUUGAUUUAGCUGAUGAAGAUGUCAUAGCAAUGACGAGUGCUUGCCAUGCAUAUCAUUCACUUAGGAAAUACCACCUAAAACCUGUUUCACCAGAGGAGGAGAGUUUUCCAGUCGCCUAUUCUUUGGUUGUUCACAAAGAUGCAGUAAUGGUAGAAAGGCUCAUACAUUCACUGUACAGUCAUCAAAAUAUUUACUGCAUCCAUUAUGACCAAAAAGCAGCAAAAGGUUUCAAAUCUGCUAUGAACAAUCUAGCUAAAUGUUUCCCCAAUAUUUUCAUUGCAUCAAAAUUGGAGACAGUGGACUAUGCACAUAUUUCGCGGCUGCAAGCAGAUUUCAAUUGUUUGUCUGAUUUGAUGGACUCUUCGGUUCCCUGGAAGUAUGUUAUUAAUUUGUGUGGCCAAGAUUUCCCUUUGAAGUCGAAUUUUGAGUUGGUUGCUGAACUGAAGAAACUCGAUGGAGGAAACAUGCUGGAAACUAUAAAGCCAAGCAGUAGCAAAAGAGAACGAUUUACUUAUCAUUAUGAACUUAUGAAAGUGCCUUAUGAAUACAUGCAGAUGCCUGUAAAAACCAACAUUUCCAAGGAUCCGCCACCUCAUAAUAUUGAGAUAUUUGUAGGCAGUGCCUAUUUUGUUUUAAGCCGAGCAUUUAUUCAAUAUACCCUUGAAAGCUCUCUUGCAAAAGAUUUUUUUGAGUGGUCAAGGGAUACAUACUCUCCGGAUGAACAUUUCUGGGCCACUCUGGUACGCGUUCCUGGGGUCCCCGGGGAGGUUCCAAGGUCAGCCCAGGACAUAACAGACCUACAAAGCAAAACUCGUCUGGUGAAAUGGAAUUAUCUUGAAGACCAUUUGUAUCCUCCCUGCACUGGUACCCACCUUCGCAGUGUCUGCAUCUAUGGGACUGCAGAAUUAAGAUGGCUUCUGAAUUAUGGGCACUGGUUUGCCAACAAAUUUGACUCCAAAGUAGACCCUGUCUUGGUAAAAUGCUUGGCAGAAAAACUAGCAGAACAACAGAAAGAGUGGGUGUAUUUGUCCUCUGAUAAAUACUUUCUGCACAUAAAUUCUAUGAAUGCAUCUCUAUAGCAGCACUGUCUUCCCUGCUUUCAGUACUGUGUACUGUUAUAGCACAGCACCUGCAGUUCCUCUUCCUUGACCUGCUGCAGGAUGUUAGCAAGCGAAACAUCCGUUCUGCAUAAAGUUCAGGGCCCUUGAGAGCCCUUUUCAUUUAUUUAUGAAAAGUCAUGCCUCUCUGAUUAACUGUUUUGUAACUUGCCACAAUAAUCCUGUAAUUGUUCUACAGCGUGAUUCUGAGAGGGUGAAGUUUGCUUUUGGAGGCUCUGGUGCUGUCUGUCCCAAUGGAGUAUUUCAGAAAUGUGUUUUACAUCAAGGGUGUUUGCGUCUUUCCUAAGAAACUCCAGUGCAUCUGUCUGUCCGUCCCCUUUUCCUUCACUUUUGUUUUUCUUAAAGGUAUGAAACAAAGACCUCUGUAUCUGCUACCUCAGGAAAACUGGAAGUGCCCAGCUCACAGACAAAACCAAGAGAUCAGCAUGACACCAAAUGAGCCAUGUGGCCUCACCUGAAUUCCCAAACUUCCCCGUCUGCGGGAGCUGACAAAGAUCUUUGCAAUGUGAAUAUGACUGGAUGAUAUAAGGGAAAGAAGAUCCUUAGAUACUGCAUUGUCUGUAGCAUUGUUCUCUUCUCCCAGCUCAUCUGUGCAUUGCUCUUCCUUCUGUGGAGCGUGUGCUCAGGUGCUGUGCCAUGCCUCUGAAAUCGGUGGUGGUUGAUUGAAACAGAAUUAUGCGCUGUUAUUCUUCAAAGGCAGUACAUGAGCGUGCCCUAAGGGUAGUCUCUGCAUCCCCUUAGAGUAGAUAUCCGUGCCCAAAGAGGUCGAUCUUCAUUUCUAUCUCUGCCCAUAGAAAUAUCCCCCUGUGAAAUGCCAGUCCUCUUGAGACAGUAUGUCUAACACACAGUAGAUAACAAGUGCUAUUUCUAAUUGGUGUUCAGCGAUGUGGUGCUAUGUUGAAAUGCAAAACAUGCAACGUCGAGCGGUAAUUGUAAGAAUAGACGUAUUGCAGAGAUGCAGACCCUGUGGAGAAGUGUCUUUCUGUGCAAGUCUCGUGGCCUUGUGCCACCACGAUCCCAGGCUGACGGGUGCCUGAGCAAGACCUGGUUCAGCUGUAGAGCAACUGUUAUCCAACAGCCUUUGCUUCCCAUGGCCCUGCCAGGAGCCUCCUCGCAGCCAGGUUCCCCAUGCUACAGCAUGAGGGAAGUGUUUGUUAGUGCAGGGGUCUCUGCAGAAACUGUUGCAACUCAGAAAUGCCCCUUGGCAUUUGGGGGGUUCCUCUGGAACGUUGCUGUGCCACAAGUUGGGUUUCAGUGGUUCCAGUGGACCCUGGGGUCUAGCUUGCUCUGUGCUGCUGUCCUCUUUCUACCCAUCUGGCUUUUAUUAAGGGGCCUCUUCCCACAAGUGACUUUGGGAUAUCUGGUCUUAUCGAUCCAUAAAUUUCUGCAAUAACAACUGUGUCUUGUACCCAUGAGAAAUCUUUGUUUCUUAUUUGAGUUGAAAUAACCAAGUCAUUUUUUGGUCUCAGUUUUUGUUUAUAAAUUUAGUCAUAGUCAAAUCAUCCGUGGCUUAAGAUUGUGUUUGAGAGUCAGGAGUCCCGGUCUUUUUCCCCAUUUGUGACACUGAUUUCCUGUGAGACCUCAGACAAGGCAUCUGAGUUUUCUCUUUCAGCUGUUCCAGCUAUAAAAUGGGAACAAUGAUGUUCUAUUAUCUUGCUAAGCACUUCAAAACCUAUGGGUGUUGUGGGUUGGUUGCACAGCACUAAUUGCUUAUCAAACUGUUUAUGGAGUCUGUGGACGCACAGGUCAAGUAUUUCUUUGAUGUAUUGUUUCUGAAAUAAAUGAGGAUUAUUUUUAAAGUGUGUGUUGCUUACUUCAGUGACUUGCCAUGCUGUCCACGGCUGUCCUGACUUGAUGUGAUUUAUAGACACUUUGUAGAAAAUGAAAUAUUGGCAGUAUUUACAGAUUCAUACAUCAGUACUUGUAUAUAAAGUAGAAAGUUCCCACAUGGAAAAAGGUUAAUAAAAGAGAAUGUUAGGAUCCCAGAGGGCCAAGCCACAGCCUUCUGUACAUAUAAAUUGAUGUUUAAUGGUAUAUUUAAAACUUUUUAUUUACUUAAAC